GACCAUGCAUGGGUGCACCAGACCACUAGGCACUGACACUCACAUACAUUCUCCAGCUGCAUACUUCACACUGUACUCAGCGCGUGCCAUGGCAACCUGCAGGAGCCUUCUCAUGGUCCCGGUCACUCUCUGCUGCUUCCUCCUCGUGCUCCCAGCGCAGAGCAAGGAGAACCUUGCCGUCGUCAUCUUCUACGGCACAGCCCGAUGCAAGAGCAACCCCUCCAAGAUCAUCAGCAAUGCAACCCUGCAUGUGACCAUCAAUGGCACCACCCUCGCCACCGGCAAAACGACGAGCAUGGGCCGGUUCUUGAUGGCGGCGAGGGUGACCUCAAAAGAUCAGCUCAGCUCCCUGGUGAGCAAAAAGGCGGUCAUCACCGCUCCUCGACAGGCGUGCGGCAUGCCUGCAGCGUCCGUCGCUGCGAGGAAGCUGGCUGCACAGGCGGACCUGAAUGGCCACAGGAUUCUCGCCGACAAUUCUGGCGACUUGGUUGAUGAUGAUGAUAUCCGGGAGAUAAUUGAUCUGGUCGUUGACGACCUCAACAACUUCCUGGGCAUACCCAAUUGAGAGGAAUAUUUAAGGCAUUAUUUGGAUAAAUCAAUCUUAAUACACAUAGAUUGAGAUGGCGAAUAAACACUGCUGCAGAAUGAGUUAUCCUAGAUGGCACUAUCACCAACGAUUUUAGGUAAACCGGCUGUAAUAUGUAUCAUCGUCGGUUCUAAAACAAAUGGUGUUGUGGGAUAUCAGAACCGGCAGUGAAAAAAGCCAUCACCGCCGGUUCCAAUCAUAAACCGGCAGUGAAACCGCCGGCUCUUAUAAAAUUCCGUCGGUGAAACGGUCUGACCGGACCCAAAA